UGUGAUGUAAAUAUGGCAGUUUUGAUAGUUGUGGAUAUUUGUAUUUAAAUUUGGUUAUACAGAAUGUUUGUUUUGUGUUGUGUGUUUUUUAAUUGUUCUUAAAAAGACAAAAAUAUUGCUCAAAUAGAGAAGAAGUAUUUCCCUCUAUAUGUGGUAUGAUCACUGCUUAGUAAUGAGCUAUGCACUUCAGUUACUAGUACAUCCCAGUUUUAAGUUCAUACACAAAUAUCCACCAGAAUUGUAGACAUCAUAAUGUAUGAUGGUAGCAAUUUCUAAUAUAAGAGGUCCUCGUGAAGUAUAUGAUUUAAGUUUUAAAUACUUGAAUGUUAUUAUGAGUACAAGUGAUAGUAAUGAAGUUGUAAACUUCAACAGUAAUGGAGAAGAGACAAACCGUAGUGUUAGAAAUAAAAGAAAACAAAUGGAUCCCACCUGUUGUCCAGUAUGUAGCCUUACAAUAAGAAAUUCUGAGAUUGAUUUGCAUCUUGCAUCUGAAAUAGACAAAUUGUACAAAGUAUCAACAGCUAAACAUAAGUUCUUGAGGAGUUCUGCUACUCCUUCUAGCCAUAAUGGAAAAGAAAAUGGAAGAAAAGAUAAGUUCUGGGACACAUACCAGAAGGUUCGUGCUAACAGACAAAACAGGCAGAGGGUUAAAUCACCCAGGAGAAAAGUACAAGGGGUAACUUGUCCUGUGUGUAAUAAAGAGACUGAGGAGGAUAUUUCAUUACAUGUUGAUAGGUGUUUAAGACGUGCAGACAAUUCAGCUGACAGUGAUGAAAAUAUUGAUGUGGAAGGGUAUGAAGAAUAUGAAUGGGCAGGGCAGUCUCGGGUGCGAGCUACAUCUCUUUUAGAAGGAGGGGUAUCCACAAUUGGUACUUCUCUUAAUAUGGCAGAUGAUGAUGAAGAUUUAGUUGUAGACGGUGAUGAUUCUGAAGAAUUUGGGACACCUCAAUAUACAGAAAGAGAUGUGAUUGUUCCAGAUGAUGAGGAACAAGAUGCUUUAAGGAAAGCAGUAGUAGGGACUGAUAAAGAAAAGAAAAACUCUGAUAGAGAAGUCUUAAGUGAGAAUAGUGUUAGUGUAAGUGGCGAUCCUGUUUUAGAAGCUUUGAAAAAUAGAAUAAAGGAAUUAGAGAGCAGAGAUUAUGGAAAAGAUGAAGUUUACAAAUGUCUUAUUUGUAUGGAACGUUACCGAACCCCCGUUAUUUCAGUUUGCUGCUGGCAUGUACAUUGUGAACAGUGCUGGUUACAGACAUUAGGUACUAAAAAGCUUUGCCCUCAAUGUAACAUGAUAACAUCACCGGCGAAUUUAAGGCGUAUCUAUAUGUAGACAAAACAGUUACUAUUUGUUGUUUUUUGAGAACUGCAGAAAAAUUUCUACUGGAUUAUUAUAAUCGUAGUAACUUUAUAUUUACAUAGAGAAUAUAGUUUUAAUAAGUGACUUAACUGUAAAAAACAUAAUGGGUAUUUCUCUCUAAUAUUAUGUUAAUAUCACUUUACUUUUUAUUUUUCUAUUAUUUUGUCUGAUAUUUAAAAACUGAGGUGCAGUGUUGAUUUUUCAUUUUUUAUGUAGUUCUGUCACUUUUUUUUAAUAAAGUUUUUAUUUUUCUCAA